CGUCUUUCAUGUAUGACUAUCAUCCUAACCCAAGUCUUAUGUUGGAUGUUGGCCACUCAAACAUCUUCAGAAAGUGGGGUGCAUGUUGGUCCCUUGGUUGAUGCAAGCUUCUGAAAAGAAGUCUGCAUGGUGGUCUCAUGGCUAGCCAAGAUUUCUCAAGGACGUCAUUUCACAGAUGACAAAAGAUUCUCGAAGAAGUUAGCAACACAUGGUGGAGAUUUGAACUUCAAUGGCUAUCCAGUCACGAUAAAGGACUCUAUGAUGGGAAAUGAUGAAAUCGAAGUGACCGCAACAAGAUACAAGGUCUUUCCUUGUGAUGAAAUGACUUCAGCGGUCAGGACUGAUGUUGAGGCGAUGAAUCAGUCCCUUUCUCUCAGUGUUAGACCAACUUCUUCUUCCCUGGCCAACGUAGCAGAACGUCUCGAUGCUUGGAGACUUGAAAUGAGCUCUCAAGUUUUUGACCUCCGUCGAUUAGAUAAAGAGUUUAAGGAACAAGCUUCGUGAUUAUUUUUGGAGGGAAUAUGCCAUAUUCGACACAUCGAGCUGGAGGAUAGUGUGGAAUAGAUGCACCAACUACUUGAUGAUUCAUAAGGCGCAAUUGAUCGCCAAGAUGGCAACACUUCCCCCACUCGU